ACGUCCGUGCAGGCAAUCGCUGAUAGCAUGAUGGAGGAGCUAUGGCAACAGGUGGACGCACUAAAGAAAGGGUAUACAGACCAUGAAGCCAGGCUGAGAAUCACUGAGAUGCAGCAAGAGGAUCAGAGGAACCAGGUGCAGCAAGUUGUGCGGCAGUACACAGUAGAACUGGAGGCCAGACUGAAUGCCAAUGAUUUGGAGGGUCAAAGAAAACGUGUGGAACAACUGCAGAGGGAAAGUAAAGAGUUGAAUGCCAGACUGACAGAACUCGGAAAUAAGCUUGGUGACGUGGACACAGAAGUGAUGGCACUGCAGGCUGCUGAUCAAGGACUCAAAGACAGACUGAAUGCCACUGAUGUCCAGGCAGAGAUGCAAAGAACCCUGGUGGCACAAUUACAGGUGGAAAUUAAAGAGCUCGAGUCCAGACUGAAAGCCAGUGAGAGCUUAGACAAGGAGCUGAAUGUCCGGCUUAAAAACACAGAGACAGAGGUGGAGGCACUGAAGACUGUUGAUCAAGAACUGGAAGCCAGAUUGAACGCCACUGAUCUGGAGGGCCAAAACAUACGAGUGGAACAACUGCAGAAGGAAAGUAAAGAGUUGAACAUCAGACUAACGGAGUUGGGGAAUAAGUUUGGAGAUGUGGAUGCAGAUUUGAAGACACUGCAGACUGCUGAUCAAGAACUUGAGGCCAGACUGAAUGCCACUAAUGUUGAGGUAGAGACGCAAACAACCCUCGUGGCAAAGUUCCAGAUGGAAAUUAAAGAGAUCGAGUCCAGACUAGAGUCCAGUGAGAUUUUGGGGAAGGAGAUGGCUGGCCGGCUUGGAAAGACAGAGACAGAAGUGGAGUUGCUGAAGACUGUUGAUCAAGGGUUGAAUUCCAGGUUGUCAGCCAGUGAAAGUCUGAUUGGGGAGCUGAAGCCAAGCCUUGAAAAUACACAGAGACAAGUGGAGGCACUCAACACCGCUAAUCAAGAACUGGAAACAAGACUGGGAGUCUCUGAGAGCCUCAGUGAAGAGCUGAAGAUCAAGACUGUAGACACGGAAAGGGAGGUGAACACUCUCAACACAGCUCAUCAAGAGCUCAAGUCAAGAGUGGAAGCCAGUGAGGGUCUGGCCAAGGAAAUGAACACACGCCUUGAAGUCACUGUAACAAAAGUGGAGGCACUAGAGAAAACAAAUCAGGAGUUUGAUGCUCGACUGAAUGCCACCGAGAUUCUGGGCAAGGAGAUGAACACAAAACUUGAAAAAGCAGAGGCUGAGAUGGAGGCACUUAAAACAGCUGAUCAAGAGCUAGUUGCCAAACUGGAAACAUGUCAAACUGGACAAGAGGAGUUGAAGAAUAAAGUUGAUCAAACAGCUGCAGCACUGGAAGAUGUGAAGACAACAAUGACUGGAGAUAAAGUGGCCUUCUCAGCUGCACUGGAAGAGAACCAAAUGCACAUUGGACCAUUUAACACUGAGACCACUCUUGUCUACAAGAAAGUCAUCACCAACAUUGGUGACAGCUAUGAUCCCACAACAGGAGUCUUUACAGCUCCAGUCAGUGGAGUUUACCACUUUACCCUCUACUCUCAUGCUAACGGAGAAAACCCAGGCUUUUUACUCUUGUACAAGAAUGGUGAGGCUGUUGUGGGCACUGCUGAACACCCAACUGCCUCUGAUAUCACUGACAAUGGUUCAAAUGGAGUAGUGCUGCUUCUUCAGAAAGGAGACCAGGUGGAUGUGCACAUGAAAGCCAGGUCAUGGAUCUGGGCAGAUAGCAAUCGCAACCUCUGUACUUUUACUGGUAUUCUGCUGUACAGUAUGUCCAGUGAAGUUCCCAAAACCACUCUGUAGCUUCACUAGCUCAAUUUAAGGCCUUUUAAAUAGAUUUCAGCUGCACUAUUAGCGUUAUUUAUAGUCUGUUUAGACAAGAACAAUUCAUAUCCAACCUGUAAUCCAUAUAUGUAUCAGUCUAGACUGAAAAAUUAGCUAACAUGAAUUCAUUCAAAGCUGUUAUUCUGAUGCGUUUUCACAAACAAUGUAGUUUUUAGGA